AGAGAGGUAUCACUCCCACGCGGAGGCCGUCACGAGUUGUCUCACAUAGUUCCGUCAUUGUCCGGAAUUUGCUAACUGAAUACCCUCUUCCGGUUACGUGUUUAAUACCGUAAAUGUCAGCAUACACGUGCACUAAAAGUCAAGCGUCGGCCGAGUUGACCGCAGCGAGUUUACGAGGAGCGAAAUAUCUGCUCCGCUCGGUGAGGACGCGAUUUACCGGAGCCGGACGGCAGAAGAGACGCUUCACCCACAGCCGGUGUCUCGAUUUACGUAUUUAACCGCUGGAACUCCAACGGGAGACAUUCUGGAUUCGACCGGUAGCUAAGCUAAGCUAAGCUACAUUUGAAACCCCGCUGGCAGAGGUGACAGGAAUGGCUCGGCCGAGGAAGAAAAGCUUUCCGGGUUGUUUGGCAUGAGGCUCUGCGGGGGGAGACGGCGGGAAGAACGCGGUACAAUCUGCAAAAGUACAGUCGGUAUUAUUCCAACAAGCAGCGUGAGCCGGUGACAUCUACAGAGGAGAAGAAGAAGAAGGAGAAGGAGAAGAAGAAGAAGGAGAAGAAGAAGAAGAAGAAGAAGGAGAAGAUGGGAGGCAGAGUGGAGCUGCUGGAGGUCUUCUGUCUGCUGCUGAUGAGCGGAAACACACUCGGCAGAGACUCUCAGCAGACAGAACACCUCUCCUCCUACCAGCUGACUGUCCCUCGACCAAUGGGAGGCCGGCUGAGGCGGGACACAGCCGGUAGACUACCCAAUCAGGUCUCUUACAGCAUCAGUGUGGAUGGAAAUGAUCACAUAGUUCAUCUGGAGAGAAACGAGUGGCUGCUUCCUGCAGACUUCACCGUGUUCUCCUACAGUCAGAACGGGUCCCUGAUCACCUCCAGACCCCCUGUACAGGACCACUGUCACUAUCUGGGCUCCGUUCAGGACAUGGAGGGUUCUGCUGUCGCUAUGAGCAUCUGCAACGGCCUCAGGUCUGUGACACACGCACACGCACACGCACACGCACACGCACACGCACACGCACACGCACACGCACGCACUGAGCCGUCUGACAGGGAACUGACUUUGUCCUUCAGAGGGACGAGCGUGUGUGUGAUUCUCACAUACUCUCAGCAGACAGAACACCUCUCCUCCUACCAGCUGACUGUCCCUCGACCAAUGGGAGGCCGGCUGAGGCGGGACACAGCCGGUAGACUACCCAAUCAGGUGCUGCCCCCCGGUGUACGAUGUGUGAUGUGUGUCGUCAUGGAGGGACUUGUUGUGGUGUUGCAGAUGAAGCGAGCAGUUCUCCAUCAGACUCACUACGUGGAGCUGCUGCUGGUGGUGGACAAUGACCGGUAUAAUUACUUGAACAAGAACGAGACGGCUGUGAGGGACGAGAUGGUUCAUCUAGCCAACUUCGUGGACAGCAUCUACAAGCAGCUGAACGUGCGCGUGGUCCUGGUUGGUCUGGAGAUCUGGACUCAGCAGAACCAGAUCAGCACCGACGGAGGAGCCGGGGAGGUGCUGAGUCGCUUCACCCAGUGGAGGGAGAAGGAGCUCGUUCCCCGCCGGCGCCAUGACUCAGCACAACUCAUCCUGAAGAAGAGUUUUGGGGCAACAGCAGGAAUGGCUUUCGUCUCCACUGUCUGUUCCAGGAGCCACGGGGGCGGGAUCAACGUGUUCAUCGGCAACAACAUUGCCUCCUUUGCCUCCAUCGUUGCUCAUGAGCUGGGUCAUAAUCUCGGUAUGAACCACGAUGACGGGCGAUCGUGUUCCUCUUCAGUGGAGGCCUGCAUCAUGAACUCUGGAGCCACAGGCUCCAUCAACUUCAGCAAAUGCAGUGCCGAUGACUUUGAGAAGAUGAUGCUGCUGACGGGGGGCUCGUGUCUCCUGAACGUCCCCCGGCCCGACGAGGCCUACAGCGCCCCCUCCUGUGGGAACCGGCUGGUGGACGUGGGGGAGGAGUGUGACUGUGGCACCCAGAAGGAGUGUGAGGAGGACCCCUGCUGUGAGUACCACACCUGUAAACUGAGGCCCGGAGCUCAGUGUGCAUAUGGAGAGUGCUGCUACAAAUGUCAGUACCUGCCAGGUGGGUCGGUGUGUCGGGCCAGUACCGAUGAGUGUGAUCUACCUGAGUACUGUAACGGGUCCUCGUCCCUCUGUCAGAUUGACGUCUUCAUCCAGAAUGGUCAUCCCUGUAGGACACAUCAGGCCUUCUGCUAUAACGGAAAGUGUCAGCACUACGAUGGACAGUGUCAGGCCAUCUUUGGAUCCAAGGCCAAAGCAGCUCCUGAAAUCUGUUUCAAAGACGUCAACAGUAAAGGAGAUCGUUUUGGCAACUGUGGUUACCACAACUACGGCUACAAGAAGUGUGAGAGCAGAAACGCUCUGUGUGGGAAGCUGCAAUGCUCCAACGUCCAGGCGGUGACGGUGUUCGGCAUCGAACCGUCAAUCAUCAGCACGCCGAUCGCAGGGGGCAAGUGUUACGGCGUGGACUUCAUGCUGGGGUCGGACGUCCCCGAUCCGGGCAUGGUGAACGAGGGCAGCAAGUGUGGAGACAACCAGGUCUGCGUGAACUUUGAGUGCAGCAGCGUCGAUGCGCUGAACUACGACUGUGACGUGGAGAAAAAGUGUCACGGACACGGGGUGUGUAACAGUAACAGAAACUGUCACUGUGAUGACGGCUGGGCUGCACCUUUCUGUGAGGUCAAAGGUUACGGAGGAAGCGUGGACAGCGGUCCCACCUGGAACGAAAACGAUACGUCUGUCAGAGACGGUCUGCUCGUCUUCUUCUUCCUCGUCCUUCCUCUUCUCGCUCUGGGUGCGUUUGUUUUCCUGCGCAAGGACGAGCUGCUGCGUCGCCUCGGGCUGCGCCGCAGGAAGAGGUCUCAGGGAUACCAGGCCGAUGCCGCAACGUCAGCCAAUCCCAGCAGAGGACCGCCUCCCAGAGCUCCGCCUCCACCUGUCACUCACGGCAACAACAUCGUGAAGGACGGGCACAACGCUCAGCUGCUGCCACCGCAGGAGGUGGUGGAGACCAGCAGGACGGCGUCCUCCUACGCGCUGAGGCCUCCUCCUCCUCCUCAUAAACCAAAACUUUCUGUUGCAUCUCAUCCUCUGGUGCCGCAAAGACCCGCCCCCGCUCCACCUGUUUAACCAAUCGAUGGGCCCCGUCCGCCCCACCUGGGCGACACCGGCCUCCUUUGCAUCUCCUCCUCAGUCUGAAACCCAGCGCGAGCCGACUAUGGCAGAAUGUCCGACAGCAGCCCUGGACCGCCGCACGAAGGCCGACCGCUCCCCAGAAACUGGUCCCAGUCGGACCGGGACAGGAAGCCGCUGCAGACCUUCUUUCUUUAUAUGUAGUUUAAUCUGCUCAGGUGAUGCGCAUUCUAACUAAUAAUCACAUUGACUUUAACCAGCUCGCAAGCGGUAGCUAAUGAACAGCAGAGCUUCUCACAGUUCAGACUAUCAGGUCAGUGAUUUCAGAGAGAAGCAGCUACGCAUUCGCUUUUCACGUCUGCAGAUUGUAUUCACGCUUCAAGAUUCAUAAAAGCCGUGUUGACUUGGGAAAAUGAUCUCGAACGAACGUGUCUUUGCGUAGGACAUUAUUUUCUGCAAGAAUACAAAAUGAAAUAUGACAAUUCCGUCGGCUUGAGGAGGAAACCAGGGCAAUGCUACCAUGCUAGCUUCAUGUUGGAACUUCAUAUUAUUAUUAUUACUGUCGACCUUUUUGAAUGUAAAAAUGUAACCACUAUAUUUAGCGCCCUAUGGUCUUUUAUUGCUCAAAUUUGAACGAUUAAUCAGACGAUGUGGUCUGGCUAGCUGCCAAUCACGUGCUCUGAUUGGCCGGUUGGAUGACACACAGGUCCCGGGAGGUGGAGCUUACACUUGAACCCUUCUCUCUGUUUUCUGUCUCUGAAGCACUGGUGAGCGGCAGAACGUAAUGCGCGCCUCCAUCUCUAAUUCCCGGAAUUGUAGAAAUCAGAGCCGUGCUCGUCUAGGUUCUUACUUUCUGUUCUGGUUCCGAAUGGUACGUUGAUGUUUGUCAACAGUGAAGCUACGCUAACGCUUCAGUGUCUCCUGAGGAUACCUCAGGCCUCGUCCACACGUACACCGGCCAGUAGGCGGCGAAAGAGACUCAAAUACCACAGAAGAGGCAAUAACAGUUUGAGAUACAGAAGCUAACAAAACGUAAACAAGCAGUUGUUUACUGUUCCUUCGGGCUCUGCACCAAUGAUGAUGUCAUUGUUUCGAUUGCCCCCAGUGUUUCAGUUUUAAUGAACUAAUUAGUUCUAAGGGAGGUGGGGCCUAAAUGCUCACAGGACACGCCCCCUCUGUUUUUUAAGCCUCACUUUACUGGUUUUUGACCGGCUCUUUGUGUCACCGGGAGAUUCCAUUUAGUCAGUGGAUCCAUUCUGACAGUCGGGCGCCCUCGUGUGCGGUUCUCUCGCUCUACACUUUAAAGAGGUCCCUCACAGGGGGAACAUCGAGCCCUUCGGUCGCUUCCAUGCCACCUCCUGGAGGAAGAGGAGGAAGAGUUAUUCUGGGAGGUCGGAGCAGCUGAAGGGCGUCGCGUUACGAACACUUCUGCUGAUGCGUCACUUUAAGGAGAAGUCAGCUGAUGUCCUGAGGAAUCAGCUGGUCUCACACACAAACCAGCACUGAGGAUCCAUCCGCUGCAGAAAGUAGUCCAACUAAAUUUCAAUAUAUAGUAAAAAUAAAUUACAUAAAUAUAACAAACUAAAUCGUUUUUAACAGGAAUCUUCUUUGAGGAGUGAAGUGAUUUUCUUCUCUCAGUUAAUCUUUAUUUAACCUAGUUUAGCUUUUUGUGAAUGAAUAUAUGUCUUCUGUCUAAAAAUUACACAAAAUAGAAAACACGGCGGGAAAUAAAGAGAGGAAGAACUUUUUGGCGUCAACGUUUUUCUAAAUUUACAAACGUGACGUCAGAACACAAAGAUGGAUUUAUUAUUUUUAAUGAGCUCCUAUGAAACCUCAAGCAAAAUUUAUUGCGUUUAUUUUGUGUUUUUGAAGUAGGAACCAACCAGCUCGGUUCGACUCUGAACGUGAGAUUUAUAAAAAAUGUACAUAUGAAUACAUGCGAUCACACACCUGAAGCCUGCUGGUCACGAGCUCGGAGGUCAAAGGUCAUAUGUGUGUGUGUGCUGCCUGGGGGGCUGCAGCAUCUUCACGAGCAGUUCUACAUGUUAAUGCAAAACCUGUUUAACCCCUGAGAACAGUCCGACCUGUCACCAUGGCAACGCUGGGAAUCGCUUCCCACUUUUCUACUAUAAUAAACAAAUGUAAACAUUGUACUUGUGGUGAUGAUUCUGAUAUGUUGCUGUGAUUUUAUUUUAGCAGCGGUUAUGAUGGCUGAGAUCGAUCUGCUCUGCAGCAUCAUGUGACAAUUUAAUAAACUGUAUUCAGUCA